UGCCGGCGCCAUGUUCCGCCGCAAGCUCUCGGCGCUCGACUACCACAACCCGGCCGGCUUCAACUGCAGGGAUGAGACGGAAUUCAGAAAUUUUAUUGUCUGGCUUGAAGACCAGAAAAUCAGGCACUACAAGAUUGAAGACCGAGGGAACUUGAGAAACAUACACAGUGAUGAUUGGCCCAAAUCUUUUGAAAAGUAUAUGAAGGAUGUAAACUGUCCCUUCAAAAUACAGGAACGACAAGAAACAGUGGACUGGCUUCUUGGAUUAGCAGUUAGACUUGAGUAUGGAGAUAAUG